AUGAUGUUUCAGUUUCUUAGAGAUUUGUACCGCCGUCACCGCAAGAAGUUGCUCAUCACAACUGGGGUGGCAGCAGUCUCGUAUAUGAUCGGCAUCUAUGUGCGCAAUAAAGUUAGAGAGUUCCAGGAACAGUUGAAGGAGGAGAAUGCCACUAGAGACCUCAUCAAAAAGCGAUUUUCACAGACGCAAAAAGACUGCUAUAUGACUUUCCUAUCGUUCUUACCUGUUUUGGUAGAACCGAUAUAUAAGGAGUUGGACGUGGAGGAGAUCACCAAAGAGUUGAAGUUGUCACGCAAGAACAAGAGUCUUGUUCCUGAUGGUAAAAGUGAGCUCAAUAGCGAGGAUUUGUCGAGUAGCAAGAACGAGAAUGCGAGGAACGGUGAGGAAAGUAUUGAUCAAAAGUUGGGAGAUCAAGUUUUAAGUGGUGCUAUUACUGGUGAGACGAAACUAAGCAAAACCAAGGUUGAAUUAUGGCAGGAACUAAAGGUCAAGUCUUUGACUAGGUUUUUGACAUUGAUCUACAGCGAAACGCUACUCAUCAUUUUAUUGCAUUUGCAAUUGAACAUAAUAUCAAGAAAAUCCUAUCUCAAGACGGCGCUUAAACUCGCGUCCAAGAACCAAGGUAUCAGGCUGGUCGACUUAGAGUCGGAAGAAAGCAAGAAUACGGUUGAUAAGGACUUACCAGAGCAAGCAUUUCUUUCCUUUACCUGGUGGCUUUUGAACAAAGGAUGGGCGAAAUUAAGAAACAUAGUAAAUGAGAGCGUAGAAAGUGUGUUCAACGAAAUCAGCCUCAGGGAGGAGAUCAGCAUUGAAGAAUUCGGUAAUUUGAUGUUUGAAGUUCAAAAAAACAUCGAUUCAAGGUUGUUCGAGGAGAGAUCUAGCUACGAACUCUACGACAAUCUUCAAGAGGACAACGCUCCAGGCACGUCUGACGACGCUAGGACACUCACGCUCAUAUCGAUGAUGCUCCCAUCACAAAGUGACGAGUUUAAGCUACUGCAGGAAACGAACACGGUCGAGUUCUUGACGAACUUCAAUUCGAACAUCUCGAACGUAAAGAUGUUGCAGAGGAUGAACGAAGAAUUAAAGGGGUACCUAAAGAGCGAACAGGUUCACGAGAUAAGCAGAACAAUUUCCACCAUCGGGAUUUCCACCAUUAUCCAGAACGUGGAUCGCAGUUUGCACGUGAAGCAGGAGAGCAAGAAUGGUGGUCCGACCGCUGCCAGCGGCAACGACCCCGAAAAGCAGGAGCAAGAGCCCCAACCUGCCCCAACCACUCGCUGGAAGCUCGCGUUCAUCCUUGCCGUGUUGAGUCCCCAAACACACGAGCUAGCCAACCGACGCAUAAACAACCCCGUUCUCUACACAAUGAAUAACGUGAACGAGCUCGACGACCUGAGCGCCAGCGUGUACUCGAACUUCGACAUCUAG